AUGUCAGCUCUGGACUUCUCCAACUUACAGCCACGUCACUUCGGCUCACAGAAGCAGACUGAGGGAACACGGAAGCAUGAACAGCUCUCUUCUGCUCCUCGGCGACGCCUGCCUGAAGAAUCCACCAACACAAACAAGGGACACGGGACCUUGCUAAACUGCCUCUUCUGCCCCCCACCUCAAACAGCCCGGGACCCCGAAAAAUGGACCCCUUGUUCCGGAAUCCGGCUACACCAGCACAAGGAACCUCAAAACCCCAUCAAUCUUCCUCGACUCCGAAGACCCGGGACCCUCUUUGCCGCCACCCACCCACCCACACUCGAUGCCGGAAGAACCUCAAGAGCCCCAGUAAACCGCCCCGGUGGCCGCUACACUGCCCUUCGGCGCCAGCACCCGGCUCCCACCGCACCGCCUCCUCGCCCCCCGCACUCCCGAGCUCCGCCAAGCUUCGCGCCCACCAGACAGCGCCGCGCAGUCCCCGGAGCCGCCCCCGUCCGGAGCCCGCCUGGCUGGCUGCUCCCCGACCGCUUCUCCGCAGAGACGCGCCGCGGGUUUCCUCACCUGGGCAGCGUCGGAGGGCGAGCGGACCGGGGAGCCCUGAGGCAGAGAAGCGGCGGCCCAGGCCUGCGGCGCCGCAGCUCCAACCCCUUCGCGAGGAAGCGCCUGUGUGAGGAGAACCCUACCGCUCCGCGCGCGCAGCCGGCAGCCCGAGCCACCGCCGUGCCCGCCGCUCUUCCCGCGAGAUCCCAGCCACGGCGAGGGGGCGGGGCCGCGCGAGGGGCGGCCGCGGCGGCUGCGGGAGUGACGGCCCUGGCGGCCUGUUGGCGGCGGCGCGGGGGGCGGGACUCGAGGCCGACUGUAACCAAUCGCAAAAGAGGAAAGGUGAUUCGUUCCGCCCCUUCCCCGCCCUCCAUCAAUAAACUACGGGCAAAGGUAGAAGUGACCUGAAGUAGUGGAAGGCCGUGGGCGAGCGCCGCAAGGGCGCCAUUGUUAAGAAGCCCAUGUUUUCCCAACCCCAGCCCAGGACAUCUGGUCUGACAAAGGACUCUCUUCUGAUGCGUGCGUGUAUUUCUCAUACCGAAAAGCCGUCCGGCUCCAGUCAAAAGUAAAUGUCGCUGGAGUCCACGGCAUAGCAAAUUCCCGGAUCCCAUGCAAAGUCCCAUCUUGGUAGGACCCAGUGCUCAGGAGCGUUUGGCGCGCGCAGGGCACGGAAUAAAGGCGAAAGGAAUGAAUGAAGACUGUGAUAUUUAAAUAGACAGAAUCUGGACUUGCCCCAGAAAGUCUGGCUUUCCCGCCCUCUCUGUAAUGACAGCAGUCUAUUAUUAUGCCUCUCCUGCAGCCCUCACCCACCUCCUUACUCCCUGUUCAUGGCAAAAAGCCCCCUUUCUCCUCGCCAAGGUUAACCCUUGCACCUGUGCACUGGAUGGCGGCCAUGCCCAGACUUUGUUUCAUCAGCUUUCUCUGGCCGGCUCUAACUCUUCUGUCUCACAAACACAACCUACCCCACCCUCUGAACAGAGCAAAACCAGCCUGCCUCUGAGACCCCCCCAAAACAUACUCCCCGAGAAACAGAGUAUUUGUCGUCUCCGCUUGCUCGUCUUGUUUUUCCACCAAUCUGCCCUCUCGCUGCUAACAAAAGAGUUCUUUCCCAAUGGAAGGGUGGUCUGUGUGGGGGGCACUUUC